AUGUUGGAUUCUAACAUCGAACUUUAUGGUCCUUACAGUAAGCCCUUGUCAAACUGCGCAGGAGUAGGAACCUGCGCUACUUGUAUGGUCGAGAUUGUAAAUGGAAAGGAGCAUCUCAAUCCACGAACUGACAUUGAAAAGGAGAAACUCAAAAGGAAGCCAAAAAAUUGGAGAUUAGCUUGUCAAACCAACGUGGGAAAUCCAGAUUCAACCGGAUUGGUUGUCAUACAACAAUUGCCAGAGUGGAAAGCUCAUGAAUGGAAUAUCCCUAAGAACUUACCUAUUGAUGAUCCCGAAACUUCUAUUUGA